AUGGCGUUUGCCGCAAUAGCAGGAACAGCAAUAGCGGCUAGCUAUCUAGACGCAAAAUACGGAAUUGUGAGAGAUAUAAAAACUAUUAUGAACAGGAGUUCGAAAAUUUUGCCACAGGUAAUGGAAUUGAAUAAACAAGGAUAUGGUUCGGCUUUUUUUCUUGUUGAAGAUGCUGCUAGAAGAUGGCCGAAUAAAGAGGCGCUCGUUUUUCAGGAUCGAAGUUGGACGUUUGCACAAUGUGAGCAAGAGAUCAGUAAAUUGGCAGACUGGGUACAAUCUCAAGGACUAAAACAAAACGAUGUUGUCGCAAUAUACAUGACGAAUUCAGAUCUCUACGUCUUCCUUUUUUUCGCAUUCGCCAAACUUGGAAUCAUAUCAUCAUUACUAAACACAAGUCUCCGUAACGAAACUCUCAAAUACGCUCUCGACUUAUGUAAACCAAAAUUAGCUAUUGUGAGCGAAGACCUGCUCUUAAAUAUUAUAGGAAUAAAUGAAACUCCAAUUGUCGAAUUUCGAUUCAGUAAUAAAGCGUCAAAGAACAAAGAUGAUGACAACCACAAGAGUAAUGGUGACACGACGACACGAACAAAACGUUUGUUUUUGAACGAAUUGCCGAAAAGUGAUUUGAAUAGCUUUAUUAGACCGAAAAUACAGUUAUCCGAUAUUAUGUGUUAUUUCUAUACGAGUGGAACUACGGGAUUUCCAAAGGCUGUCGAAGUUGCACACUUUGGAUUUAUCUACAUCAAAUUUGUUGCUCCAACGAGACCAGGAGUUUACUUUUUCGAUGAUCGUCGAUAUUGUCCGUUGCCAUUUUAUCAUGCUUCGGCGAUGGCACUUGGGCUUGUCCCGUGUUGGGGAGUUGGCGCGACAUUUAUAACUGUGGAAAAAUUCAGGGCCUCCAAAUUUUGGGAGGAAUGUCGAAUCACUAAUGCUACCAGUUUUCAGGUUUAUCAGAUAAUUGUAUUCGAAUUUGGCUUACAGCCACCAUCGAUUCAUGAUAAGAAUCAUAAAAUUCGUCAUAUUUACGGGAAUGGUCUUCGUAGUGAUAUUUGGCAGGCUUUUAGAGAGCGAUUUGGAAUUGAAUUAAUUAUUGAGUUUUAUGGACAAACAGAUGGCGAUGUGUAUCUCGAGAAUAAGAAUUAUGGGCUAUUCGGGCUCGGAGCAGUCGCUUAUCAAGGGCCAUUGCUAAAUUUACUAGAAAAUUCACAUUUCAUAGUAAAAUUCGAUUACGAAAAGGGUGUUCCUUAUCGAGAUCCAAAAACCAAUCGAUGCGUUUUGGCUAAGGUCAACGAGCCAGGAGAAAUGAUCUAUAAAAUGGGCCCCAAUUCAAUGAGUCCCAAUUACUUGAAUAUUCCACUAAAAGAAGACCCCAGAAACCUGUUUGAUGUAUUUAAAAAGGGUGAUUUUUGGAGACGUAUGGGCGACUUGCUGGUUAAUAAAGAUGGGUGGUAUUAUUUUGUGGAUCGGGUUAGCGAUACAUUUCGAUGGAAGGGUGAAAACAUUGCAUCGCAAGAAGUCGCAAAACAUUUGUCUGCCUAUCCACACGUCCUCGAAACAAUAGUCUACGGACUGCCAUUAAAAGUUUAUGAUGGCCAAGCAGGAAUGGCAGCUCUGGUCCUCGAUCCGAAAAAACAAAAUUCAAUUCAACAGACGAUGAAAGAACUUCCUCGUUUUUUAGUCGAGCGCGGGCUGCCUAAUUUCGCAAUUCCAAGGUUUAUUCGAUUAAUGAACGAGAUGCCAACUACCGUAACAUAUAAAUACCAAAUAUACCAAUUGCGUAAAGAAGGAAUUGCUCGCACAACUUGUGGACAUGAUAACUUGUUUGUUUUGGAUCCUGAGCAAUUUAUUUACACGCAGCUGGAUGAGAAUUUUUAUCGUAAACUCGAGAUAGGUGAUGCCAAGUUGUAA